AUGGAUCCAUUAGAACAACCAACAGGUGCUGGUGGUGACGCAGAGGAGAUCAAAAGCGAAGAUGCAGAGGUUCUAGAAGAGGAACCACGCAAUCUCUUGAUAUCAUUACUAUCAGAGAUAAAGAUUGGUAUGGAUUUGUCUCGCGUGCCAUUACCAACUUUUAUAUUGGAGCCGAGAUCGCUACUCGAGAAGUUUUGCGAUUUCAUGAUUCACUGCGAUCAGCUUAGUGGCGUUGCCAAGCUCGACGACCCAGUGGAGCGACUCUACCAGAUAACUCGUUGGUAUCUGACGGGAUUCGUCUAUAAGCCCAAGGGUGUGAAGAAGCCGUACAACCCGAUCCUCGGUGAGAUAUUCCGAUCGAAGUGGCAAUACAGCGGAACAACGGCGCAUCUGAUAGCAGAGCAGAUCUCUCAUCAUCCACCCGUAUCAUGUAUAUAUAUUUCGAAUCGAAAGGAUGGCUAUGCCAUGACUGGAAUCAUUGGACCACGCUCGAAACUCAUGAGAGCUUCACUGGCGGUGCUGGUAGAGGGAAGCAUCACAUUGCACCUCUUGGAGAGAAACGAAGAAUACACAUUUAAUUUCCCAAACAUUUUCGCACGUGGAAUACUUUUUGGUACACUUUUAACAGAGAUUGCUGGUAACACAACCAUAUCUUGUAAACAAACGAAUUUAAGAGCUGAUAUGGAUUUUAAAGCAAAACCAUUUUUUGGUGGAGAAUAUAAUACAGUGAGUGGAAAGAUAAAAAGAAAAGAUGAAGUACUUUAUUCAUUCUCUGGAAAAUGGGAUAAUAGAAUCGACAUUACAAACACAAAGAAAAAGACAACAGAGGUAUUUUGGGAUUGCAAGACAGCCAAAAAGACACCAAGAAUCAUCAGACCAAUCUCUACACAGGAAGCAAAUGAAUCACAACGACUUUGGACACAUGUAUCACAAGCAAUCAUCAAGAAAGAUCAAAAGGAAGCAACCAACGAAAAGAUUAAAUUGGAAAACGAACAGAGAAACGGUGUAAAAGAUAGAAAAGAGAAGGGUGUAGAAUGGGAACCAAAAUAUUUCAAAAAGAUCGGUGAUAAAUGGGUUUAUAAAUAUGCAAAUGAAUGGACCCAAAGACUAAAAUCUAAUCAUCUUUUUCCAAUUUAUAUUAAUAAUAGCAAUAAUAACAAUAAUAUUUAA